CCUUCGAUGAAAGCGGUCGCGGGCGCCGGGGACAAGUCGCAUGUAGGGCGCACCGGAAGUGCUGGUUUUUUAUCGACAGCCACACCCACUUGUUGCGUCGCGUUGCAGUGCGUUUAUGUUUCAGUGUGAGCCAAGUGUAGCAGCUUCGAGACGUAUUGCUCCUGCGAACUGCUUUUGAAUACGUGUUCAACAACAUGCAUGUUUUACUGGAUAUUUUUGUGUAUGUCUUAGCUCAGCUGCUGGCUGUACAUGACAGCAGGUGAGCCCAAGACUUCUGCUCAGCGGUAGAGGAAAUCACCUGCAAGAAAUGGUGUAAAUUCGGCAAAUUACUUGUAGACAAGCUGGGAGGAACGUGUUGAAGUGAUCCGGUGCCUGUGCGUUCAGUGUGCUUUGUUCGUGUGAUAGUAGUGACCUUCAUAUCUAUUGAUUUUUUAUUUCCGAGUAUUCACUUGCAAGUUCCGUCAGAUGUGCUCGGCUUAUUAGCAACUCAGUAGUACAUGUGACCUGGCUGUGUGUAGACUGUCAGCUGUCGUUUGACGUUACGUACCUGUUUACAUGCGAGCAUAUUAUUUACGCAGCUAGUAGAUCUCAAGUCUGUGAAUAGUUACUAGCGCUGUUGUUUGCACAGAACUAGGUAAUAACCCGAAACAAGACAUAGACGAAGAGGAAGUCUCUUGACAAUUGAAUUAGCUCCGUAUCUCUGAAGGACAAUUGACUGUUCUUGCGGUUAAGAGUAACGGUAAAAAUAAGAUGAAAAAUUUUGCUACUCUUGAGGGGAAGUUGUAACGGUGUGCAGCUGGGUGACACUAUACCGUUGGAGUGAUGCCUUUUCCGAGUACACUUUACAAAAUAGUGUUCUCUCAUAAUGGAACUGCGGCGAACUGAGGAUUGCGGACGACAUCUUUAAUGACAAUGGCACACGAUGACCAGACGAGAGACCCGGAAGAGCGAGGGAACGCGUUUUCGAAGGCCGACGCGUUCUCGCUGUCCUCGUUCGGCUCCAACAGCAGUGAGGAGGGCAGCCUGGUGACGGAUGGGGAAGACGAGGAGGACAAGGGCGGACACGUCAACCUGGUGAUGAGCGAGCUGCUCAACCAGCCGCCGCCCUCCAGCGUCAACAUCACCAACUCGUCGGACGUCCGCAUCGGUCCGAGCCUCCACUACAAUGGCCCCGUCACCAUUAACCAGUUCCUCAACUUGCAGCAGCAGGGUGCGCUUGGAGCCGAAGACAUUCCUCUGCCGCUGGAUGUAACAGGGAAAGGCGUUCUGACUGGCGUCGCAUCCUCGGGAAUCGGCGGCAGCGCAGAAGUGAGCAAGCGCUCUGGCGGCGAUGGCGCUGGCGCCAGAGGUGCGCUCUGGUGGCGGCGUCCCAAAGUGCUUGCGGCAGCAGGAGUGUUCGUAGUGUUCGUGGCCGGCGCCGCGACGGCCGUGGCGCUGCUGUGGCCCUCCUCGAGAGUUGGGUCGGGCACCUCCACUCCCAUCACCUCCAGUCGCAAUACUAUGGCGUCCCAGAGGAACUACGUCAUUCCCACAGUGCCUCCGCCGAACCCUGAACUGGUGCUGAAGAACGGACAGCGUAUCGUUCCCAGGUCCGUGUGGAGCAGUGGCGUGCCGCCCAAUUUCAGGAUCCCUCUGCACCAUCCGAUACCGUAUGUGGUCGUCGGACACACGGCGGGCACGGCCUGCAGAGGCGAAGAGGAGUGUUUCGUCCUCCUGCGCGCAUACCGCGACGAGCACUACGCCAAGUGGGGGCAGCCCGACAUCUCGUACAACUUCCUCAUAGACGUGGAGGGCAACAUCUACGAGGGCCGCGGCUGGGGCGCCACCAACAACUACGACAGGGAGUGGGUGCUGCGCUGCAACCUGGCCGUCACCUUCAUGGGCAACUUCGUGCACCACAAUGCGACGGAGGCGAUGGCGCGCUCGCUGCAGCUGCUGCUGGAGCUGGGCGUGUCUCUGGGCAAGCUGGACAGCGAGUACCGGCUGCUGGCGCACAAUCAGGUGGCCAGCACUCUCAGCCCGGGGCCCAACGUGCUCAAGCUCAUCGCGUCCUGGCCGCACCGCUGCUUGAAGCUCUGCAGCGCCGGCAUGCAGUGCAUCCGAGCAAACUCGACGGAAGUGAGCACGACAGCAUUGAGCACCGUCGAAAGUGGAGAAAGCUUGCCACCGCAGAACCCGGAACUGGUGCUGAAGAACGGACAGCAUAUCAUUCCCAGGUCCCUGUGGAGCAGUGGCGUGGACCCCAUUUCCACCAUCCCUCUGCAUCACCCGACACCCUACGUGGUCAUCGGACACACAGCGGGAGUGCCCUGCGAAGGUGAAGAGGAGUGCUUCAGCAAGUUGCGCGACUAUCGCGACGAAAAUUACGUAGUGCGGGGCGAGCCCGACAUCUCGUACAACUUCCUAAUAGACGUGGAAGGCAACAUUUACGAGGGCCGCGGCUGGGAUGCCGCCAACAACUACGACAGAGAGUGGGUGUUGCGCUGCAACCUCGCAGUGACCUUCCUGGGCGACUUCUCGCACGACAACGCGACGGAGGCGAUGGCGCGCUCGCUGCAGCUGCUACUGGAGCUGGGCGUGUCCCAGGGCAAGCUGGACAGCGAGUACCGGCUAUUGGCGCACCAUCAGGUGGCCAGCACUCUGAGUCCAGCGACCAACGUGCUGAGGCUCGUCGAGACCUGGCCGCACCGCUGCUUGGAACACUGCGGCGUCGGUGUGCAGUGCGUCCGACAAAACUCGACGGACGUCAGCACGACAGCGUCGAGCACCAACGAAAGUGGGGAAAGUUUGAAAAGGAACUAAAAAAAUGUUGUAAUUUAAUCUCAAAGAUACAAGAAGAAAAUUUGUUCGACUGUUGUACCAGAGGAAUACUCUGUAAAACUGUUUUAUCCUUGACAUCUUGGAUAUUCUGGAAUCCAGCCGGAUGUUCGCGUCGUUCUCGCACGAUAUUUCAACAGCGUGCCUCGCUGUGUUCUUCAGGUGCUACAUGAGACUGGUCCUUGGACUAGUUGGUCUGAUGGGUAUGGAUACCCCGGUAGUCGAAGGAUCGGAUCGACUUCUGUCAUCCCUGCCUUCUGUCUGAUGAUAAUGGUAACGGA